AUGGCAUUAUUUUAUGAUCAAUCGUUCGAUUUGGUUCAAAAAAUAAGCGUGGAGACAGAAAGAGAUUUUAUCUUCAACACAAACAUGGUCCAAAUUACAGGUGUAACAACUAAGCAUUCGUUGUCUUCUCCUGAACUCGAAAAAACCUACCAUGCUGAAGGGCAAAGAAAAAGAAAGAGGACGAUUUUUAGCCGCGCUCAAUUGUCAGAAUUAGAGCGCGCUUUCAUGAUUACGCCAUAUCCAGACAUCACUAUGCGAGAACGACUGGCUGCACUCACAUUACUUCCAGAAAGCAAAAUUCAGGUGUGGUUCCAAAACAGACGAGCUCGAUGUAUGAAAAGCAAGAAGCUGACUACAUCAGUUAGGAGAAGUCCAGGCAGGGAAGUGAGUUCUAACUCUAUACCUGUAGCAGCUUUUCCAGCGACCCAUCUUGAUUUAAACCCAGAACAAAAUUCUGGCUUUCCAGAACAAAGAGAAAGACCAGAGGCCAACAGAGGCCUGCGUCACCAUCAGGAAAGCCUUAGACCAGUUCUGAGUCCCUGGUCUCAAAACCUUCCGCAUCCAAUGCCACCCCGUCCAGACAUUUCUCCAGACCUACCUGGAGUUCUACAGUGGGCCAACAGACACUCUGAAACACCUGGAGUGUCAUCUUUUUCCAAUUGCCCAUCAGACAGGUUGGCUCAAUAUUCAUUCCAAAACCAGUCAAGCAGUCACUGGCAGAUUAACUGCUUUUCAUCUCACCCUGACAGUUUUUCUGGACAUAAGUUGUCUUACUGUACUGCCAAUCAGGCCAUAUAUUCUUCCAUGUCUGUGGACCAAAUGAUUCCUACACAUCAAACCAGUUUGGAGGACGCACUACAGAGACAAGCUCUGGCACAUUACCCUCAGACCUCAUUGGGAGAUAUCUCUGACCUCAUAUACAAAGCAGCUGUAGUUACCAAUCUGGAAGACUACUAAUACAGUAGUUAAUAGCUUACACUUUAUUUAUUGUUACAUAAACACUAUUGUAAAAUAAUCUCUCUGAGGAACCAAUUGACGUGUCAUUAAGGUAGGUAAUAUGUGUUAAUAAAACAUGUUACCUUCCUUCCUUCCUUCCUUUUUUUUUGAUAUCAUAAAACUCUAGUUAAGGGUUGUCCAAAUAGAUUGUGAAAAUGUUGCUAUUAUUGUUAUAGUCUGUCACCUGCUACAACAACAACAAAAAAGGUUGUUUCCUUAUCCGUUUUUGAUUUAAUAACAUAAUUUUGGUUUUGGAGAGUAUGUCUUUCGGUGGGUGUGAAGGGAAAAGUUUCCUCUGUAUUCUCUUUUUAGUAAGAUAUUCACAUGGUGUGCAUUGAUAUUUAUGUAAAUUAAUCACUAAAUAAUCUAUUUAUUUACAUUCAUGGUUUACACAAUCAAAAUUA